AUGGCGGCGAAGAAGAAGAAGCACACGAAAGCUUUGAGAAAGAUAAACGGCACCGUGUCAUCUGCAUCAGCAUCACAAUUACAAGCAUUCAUGUUGCAUGUGAUAUGCGGACUAGGGUUAGCAUCAGCAUUCUGGGUUGCCCACAACGUUUACUCCAUUAGUCUCAUCUCCGAUCCCUCUCAAACACUCCGUCUGAUUUGGUUGGUUGAGGCGUUAAUUGUGAUCCUUUUUUACAGUCUUUUCCGACAGAAUCCAAAUGAAUGCUCGUACUUGAAGGCUGUUGGCCGAGGUUUGUUGGGGCUUCCUGCUGGGGCUGUCAUGAACGCGUUCGGAGCUAUUGUUUUGGGGGCACCUGUGCACAUUCACUACUUUCGAAAGACCCUCGACUGGUCUCUUCUGAUGUCAGUGUUCACUUUUGUACCUGCAGCUUCCAUUUUUGGUUCGUCAUGGAUUGAUUGGCAACGAAUAUUCGCACACACGAAGCCAAUUGGAUGUAUAGAUUAUAUGAUCUGUCUACCUGCACAUGGAGCUGUUAUUGGAGCUUGGUUCGGGGCUUGGCCCAUGCCGCUCGAUUGGGAGAGACCGUGGCAGGUAUUUGUUCUGUUGCCUCUCAACAUGAUAUGUUAUAUGUAA